GUCAGCAAACAACUAACAAAGAUACAAGAUCUCAGCAAAUAUUGCAAGUUAUUGGAUUUACUAAAUAAAACACGAUCUAGCCGAAAAACCAACAACCACCACAAAAAUGGAAUUUUUAAAUAACAACACAAACAUGACCUUUGAAGAAUAUUUGACACAAUCCCUACAAUAUCAAAGUGCCAAUAUUAUUGAAAAUAUUUUAAAUGCCCCCAUGAUGCAGGUGGCGACAACCAUACCCUCACCAACAUACAGUUGUGAGCCCAUUAGUGCACCCUUAUCGCCCUCAUCCUCCAUCGAUUCGAAAGGCAAGGCCAAGCGUAUACGCACAGCUUUCACUAGCAGACAACUUAUCGAACUGGAACGUGAAUUUCAUGUUAAUAAAUAUCUGUGCCGACCACGACGCAUCGAAAUUGCCGAUCGUUUGGAAUUGAGUGAACGUCAGGUGAAAAUUUGGUUUCAAAAUCGUCGCAUGAAGAGCAAGAAAGAUGCCACACGUGGGGCCAAAACUUACAAUAAAUUGCGUUGCCACAGCGUUGGUAAUAAUGACAAUGAGUUUUCCGCUUUGACUCCACAAAAUAGCAACAUCACCGGCAACAGCAACACGAACAAUUUUAGUAAUCACAUCAACGAAUACUCGCAACAACAAUAUCCAGCCUGUUUACCACAACUGCCGGUGAAAGAGGAAUUCCCCGAAUGCUACCAAGUGCCACAAUUGCCAGCUAUUUCUCAGUACUCAUCGCAAACACUAAACGACUCCAUCUAUGUUAACACUGAUGCCAACAACUAUCAGACCAACCCCGACUCGCCACCCACCUCAAUGGAAUAUUUUGAUUCUGCUUUCUAUUCAUCGGCCGAAUCAUCCCUUUUCGAUAAUCUACAACCUCUACCCACAUUCAAUAACGAAAAAGAUGUCUUGGAUUUCCUAAUGUCGGAGGAAGUUCCCAGCUUUGGAAAUACCACCAACCAAACUAAUUCGACGGCAUCAUCAAUGUCCAGCUUAAAUUCGUCAAGUUUUAAUUCCCUAGAUUUUGACAUGGAUUUUGAUUUUGUACAAAAUCUUCUCGAUAUGUAAAUACAGAGGGGAAGUUCCCUUCUACUGACUUAGUAUUAGUUUAUAUUUAUUAUAAUUAUUUAU